AUGACCUGCGGGAUCCUGACUCAGGCAGUUGUUGUCCCUCAGUUCAAGCCCGGCUCAAGUCCCAGCCCUCCUCACAGAGUUCCCAGUGUACCUGCGGGGGCCCUCCGUCCUGCCAUGACGACCACUGCCUCCGGGGCCCCUGCUUCUUCCAGCUACACAUGCGCGCUGGAAGCAGGAUGCAGGAUACAGAUGCUCACACUGCCAUCCAAAAGCCACAUCAGUAAAUCCAUAUCAGGGUGCUCCCUUAGGCACCCAUGUGUAAACUGGGAUCCAGUAGACGUCUGGUGGUUGGUGGCCAGUGGGAAGCUGCCACGCAGGAACAGGUGUCAUCCAGCUGCUGCUGCUCAUGAAGAGACUGUGGUGUGUAGACAAAGGGGCUUGUGGUUUGUUUUUUCUAUAGCGGCAUUGCCCUUCAUCGUUAUGAACAUUGUGUUCAAGCCAUAUCAAAGGGGGGUUUACUGUGACGAUGAGAGCAUCAUGUACCCGCUAAAACAAGACACCAUCACCCACGGCAUGCUGGCAGCGGUCACCAUCUCCUGCACUGUCAUCAUUAUCUCCUCCGGCGAGGCUUAUUUAGUCUACAGCAAGAGGAUUUACUCUAAUUCAGACUUCAACCAGUAUGUUGCUGCACUCUACAAGGUAGUGGGUACUUUCUUGUUUGGAGCAGCUGUCAGCCAGUCACUGACCGAACUUGCCAAGUUCACCAUUGGCCGCCCGAGACCUAACUUCAUGGCCGUAUGUGCCCCCAAAGUGUGCACGGGAUACAUGCAGGUGAUCAACUGCACUGGCAGGCCUGAGGCUGUCACAGAAUCCAGAUUGUCCUUCUACUCUGGUCACUCCUCUUUUGGAAUGUACUGCAUGCUUUUUCUAGCGCUUUAUGUGCAGGCAAGACUGGCGGCUAAGUGGGCCAGACUUCUUCGGCCCACCAUCCAGUUCUUCCUGGUGGCCUUCGCGGUGUAUGUGGGUUACACCCGAGUCUCUGAUUACAAGCACCACUGGAGCGACGUGCUGGUGGGGCUGCUGCAGGGAGCGCUCAUUGCUGUACUCAAUGUGUGCUUUGUAUCAGACUUCUUUAAGAAGCGCCCUCCACGCUGCACUAGGGCGGACACUGCUGACAGCGAAGAGCCAGAGAGGAAACCCAGCCUUCAGCUUGCAGACUCUGAGCACAGCAACCAUUACAAUUAUCACAACAACCCUGGCCCUGUGUGAUAGAGGCUGAAGCUGGGGAGCAAAGGCUGCAGCCUGCAGACCCCAAACCUGUGUUCAACCCAGGUGUUGGACCUUCAUCGUGCAGUCAGCAGUGUUUAGUUCAGGGAAUAGCCUGUGUCACCUGCAGUCAUGUAGGCUGCCUGCUGCAGACUCUUGAUGCUAGAUGAGGUGAGAUUCUAUACUAUGUGAUAAGUCCUGUGCAUGUGAGAUGUAAAAUAUUAGAGUAUCUAUAUGAGUUCUGCAACCAAUUCUGUUUGAAAGCAGUAAAGUUAGGGAUUUGGUCUGUAGCUUGCAGCCUUGAAGCCCCUAGCACCGUCUGUGUCAACCACUCACACCCCACCUGCUUCCCAACCACUGGACUGACUGAGGGGGCUGCAUCCAAUAGCCAGAUGCCUGAGACCCUUCUUAAAGACACCAUGAUGACCUCCUGUGCUCCUGUAAGAGAGAGAGGAGCAUAUUGUUUUAAAGACAUUUUUUAUGUUGAAGUGUAUGUGCUUAAAGCUACAUUAAGCGAAAAGACUCCAAAGCCACAGCAACAAGCUACAAUAUACGAUUGCCUUAUUAAGUGCUAAUGUCUAAUGUGUCAGCAAACACAAAACAUAA